UCAAACCUCAUUUCUCAAGCUUCUUUCCCCGCUGGUUAUGGCGGGUACGUACGGCUCCACCGUCUCUUUCUCCAUUCCUUGCAAUAAAUUCACUAUUUGCAGAGCCAAGCCACUGCUUUCAGUUUCAUCUUCCAUUUCCAUUUCAUCUCGUUCCAAGCUCCCAAGAAGAAAAAAUCACUUGCGCAUCAAAAUUCUCAAAACCCUAACUAAACCUCCUCCCUUCACUGUCUCUCCCAUUCCUCCUGAAAGCGAAUCUUCAACUCCGAUCGUAUUGCCGGAAAUAUCAGGUCCUUCAGGCGUCGAGACUGAGGUUUUAUCUCCGGCGGAAUCUUGCCCUUCCUCCACAGCCACAGACGGCGAAUCUCGACUCUCCGAGAGCUCGGACACUGCCUCGUUGCUUAAUUUUGACGUUGCCAAAUUUUCGUGGGGAAGUUUUGUCAGGUUUGGCGUUUACUUACUUGCUGUUUUUGCGUUUCAGACAAUCUGUACUGUUUGGGUUUUAGAAUAUGGUAGUUCGAUCAAGGAAGAUAAGAAUUCAGAUGAAGGUUUGAGUGUUAGGAGAAAAAGCGGAAGAGAACUGUUGUUGAAUGGAAAUGAGAGAAUUAUCCUUGGGAAUUUCGGGUCUAAAACGAACAAGUUGGUUUAUUUGGAGGAAACGAAAAUGAGGGAGAAAAUUGAAGAGAUCAGAUUGAUGGCUAAGGCAGCAAGGAUAGAGGAGAAAAAUAAAAUAUCUGAUGAUAUUGGGGAAGACGACAUGGAGGGUGGAAAUGUAAUUUCUAGGGCUAGGAUUGGUAUCGAGAAAGAGGUUGAUGCUCGACUUGUUAAGUUAGAGAAGAGGCUAAAUUCUGCCAAAGAAAAGAUACCGGAUUCACCGGUAAAUUAUUUGCUCAAGUCUGAAAAUGUUGAAGAUGCGGUUGAAAGGAAGGGUUUCAAUGGUGAAGAGAGGAAUAAGAGUCUAAUGUUUAAGAAAAAGUUGAAAUACAGAAAUUCUUCUAGUGAUAGAAUGAAGAAACCUAUGGGGUUUCAAGGUUUUGUAUCUAAUGGGAAAAAGGGUGGCUCAAAUGGCAAGGGUACAACAGUGGAAGGUGCAAAUUUUGUUGGUGGUAACAUGGGAAUGAAGGAUACCAAUAAACGGGUAGAUAACAAAAUCAAGGAUAGUGGGGUAGAUAAUGAAAUCAAGGAUAGUGUGUCAGAGAUGUUCGAAGAUGAUGACACAAAUUUCGCAAGCAAUGGAUCAGUAUUACCACGGGAAAACGAUAGAACGAAUUUGGAUAUUGGAACUAAGGUUUCAAGUUCAAAGAAUAAACCAAGUAAUGGUGUCGUUCAGGAGACUUCUUCAGUUGAGAUAUCGAAGUCACAGAAUUUAGAAGAUGUAAUGGAGAAAAGAUCUCCUUCGGUGAGUUCAGAUGACAGUGUUAGAAUGAAAUCUAUGGCUGGUGAAGAUAGAGGCAAACAAACAAACAAGAAGGCUGAUUUAUGGUGGUUGAAUCUUCCUUAUGUUCUAGUUAUUUUUAUGAAUCGAGGUUCCAAUGAUGAAGAACUAGAAGGACUUUUCACCUUAAAGAUUCCUUCCAAGACACAGGACAUUGAGGAAUCUACUUAUACAGUUGCUUUUGAAGACCAUGUUGAUGCAAAUAACUUCUGUUAUCUUCUGGAAUCUUUUUUUGAAGAGCUCGACAAUUUCACAACUGAUGUUGUUCCUCUGCCAACAAAAGAACUUGAGAAGGUCAUAAAAUCACGUACUAGUAAAAUGAUUGUUGUGAAGAAGAAGCAACUGCAGCUCUAUGCUGGUCAACCAUUUGACGAUGUCGAGACGGCUUUGCGUGCUUUGGUUGAACGAAAUGAGAAUGUUAUUUCUUUACAUUUCAGAUAGGAACCAGAUGUACAGAGAAACAUUCAGUUUCAUGCUCGAUCCGUUGCGAAUGCAGCCAUCAAACUUGCCCAAGAUGGUGAAAAUUUGUCACCGGAGAUGGGAGCGUAGCCCACCGAGAAAAUUCGCAAGUCCUUUUGUUGAUCUACGAGGCCUUUCCCCCCUUUUUUACUUAGUUCAGAGAGUCAAAUUUAGAUUUGAAUUUCACUUCCACCCCACUUGGUUUUGUCUUACUAUUUUUUUUUCCUUUGCCAAACAAUGACAUCCGAGUGUGUUGAUAAUUACGAGCUUCAUGAUUCGAAUCUCCCAGUCCUUUAUUGUUACUAAAAAAUUUUUUUUUUUU